CUUGCAUGCAUCAAGUCAUUGUAUAGUUACUUUCGCCAUCGGCCGGGUCUGUCGCGGGGACGCUGGUGUCGCCGUGUUCGUAGUGUAGUGGACGCCGGACGCCGAUCGUAUUUUCUUACUCGUAAAGGAAAAUGCCAAAAAUAACUGUUUCGUGUUAUAAUUUUUUUGUUACGUGAAGUCACUAAUUGUUCAUUAGACUUCAGUAUUACAUUUUGUCGUGUUUUUAAGUGCGGAUGGCUACGUUUUGAUGGGAUAUUUUGUGAUUUGAAUUGAGGCCACUAAUGGAUCAUGAUAAGCCUGGGGCUGCACAGAGUGAUCUGCCUGGGCGAGAAGGCCAAAACAGUCGACCUGCGACGGCAUCAGACCGCUCUACUGCCACCAAUUUGACACAAGUUCCUGGCAGCCAGUAUCUUUUAACUACACAACCUCAUGGGGUACCAGCCUUAGCACAGCUGAGCCCCGCUGGUUCACAAAAUGUACCAGGGGGUGUGACUCGUAUUAUAAAUAUAACUCCAUCUAGGGGGGAACCUUCUCCCUUAAGGCCCAGUCUGACCAACCAGUCUAUAGUAAAUGUUCUAACAAAGUCACCAACACUGAAUAUUCACAAUUUUCAACUUAUUCAGAGCAAUGAUGGGGCCGCCACCAACACAGCCAUUGCUACAACAUCUGGAGCAGCAACUCCAACACACUCGAGGGGGAUUGUUAAGCGCUCUUUAAUAUCUAGUCCUGAAAAGAAAGAUUAUGCUGUAAAAAAACUGAAAGUAUUAAAUCAUAAAACUAUCAAAUCCAGACUUGUACAGGAAAAAUAUGAUAACCAUUUAGCAGAGAUGUACCUUCUAGAAUCAGGAGGCAAUAUUUUAGAACUGGUUCAGUUUCAAAGGUUUCCAAAAAACCAGCAAUACUUGAACUAUAUAAGAGAACAUUCCAUUGAUGGUACUUCAACAGGAAUAUUUAUUCCUCAUACUACUCCAAGUACACCAACAGCUACUGCAACAAGUUCAUUGCCUGGUAUUUCAUUGAGCAACUCUAGCCAGUUGCAGCCGCCAACAAAGCCGGUUCCUCGAAUGAACCAAAAUUUAACGUCCACAGUAUCCCCUUCUCUAGAUGUCACGUCCAUAAAGGCUACUAGUGCUACUUCUAGCACCAAUCAAGAAUCAAUUGUUGAAAAGGCUAAGCAGGAGGCUUUUGUGCUGCAACGAAUUGGCGAGUUACAAAAGGAGGGAUUAUGGUCAGAAAAACGGCUUCCCAAGGUUCAAGAGAAGCAAAGAACAAAAGCCCAUUGGGACUUUGCCCUUGAGGAAUUGAUGUGGCUAUCGACAGAUUUUGCACAAGAGCGCAAAUGGAAAAAAAUCAACGCGAAAAAAUGCUCUCGAAUGGUACAAAAAUACUUUCAAGAGAAAGCUUUAGCUGCUCAGCGAGCAGAAAAGGCAUUCGAACAGCAUAAGAAGAAAUUGGCAGCAUUCUGUGCCAAGGAAAUAAGAAAUUUCUGGAGCAAUGUGGAGAAGCUUGUUGAAUACAGGCAAAAUACUAUUUUGGAGGAAAAACGGCAAAGGGUCAUUGAUCACCAUUUGAGUUUUAUCGUUGACCAGACUGAGAAAUAUACUCGGCUGUUAGCAGAAGGUAUGAACAAACCUGCUGCCACUGUGCCUUCUAUCAGUAACAUAUCCUCGCAGAGAAAAUCCCGUGCUCCAUCAGAUGACGACUUUUGUCCAUCAUUACAAAGUGAUGAAGAUGAUGAAGAAACCAUUGAGAAGGAGGAAGCAGCUCCCAGCAAUGAAGAUCAAUCUGCGGAAUUGGAGGCUUUAAAGAAAGAAUCUCAAAUGGAAUUAGACGAUUUGCUUGAGGACGACGUUCUAGUAGAUUAUCUUUUAAAUAGGGAUAAUAUCAGGUUAAGCUCAGAUGAUUCUGAUGAUGAGAUGCAAGAAACGGCAAAUGCGACCGAUUCUGAAGAAUUUGAUUCAGUUGAAGAAAGCGACACUGAAAAAAUAGAAGGUUCUCAAACAGAGAACCAAAGCAUUAAAAUGCUUCUGGACGAUCAGAAAUGGGAGGGAGAAAAAACGAAGACUGACGACAAAAAUGACCUUUUAAACAAUGCUACCGCUAUAGCAGAAAGUAUUCAGCCCAAAGGCAACACACUGUCUUCCACCACAGUUUCAACCAAAGUACCUUUCCUUCUUCAACUACCUCUUCGUGAGUACCAGCACAUUGGUUUGGACUGGCUUGUAACUAUGUACGAACGCAAACUGAAUGGUAUUCUUGCCGACGAAAUGGGACUAGGUAAAACUAUCCAAACUAUUGCUUUAUUAGCUCAUCUGGCUUGUGAAAAAGGAAACUGGGGACCCCAUCUUAUUAUAGUACCCACUUCUGUGAUGCUUAAUUGGGAGAUGGAAUGUAAAAAGUGGUGUCCUGGUUUUAAAAUCUUAACCUACUAUGGACCACACAAGGAGAGAAAGCAAAAGAGAAGAGGGUGGACUAAAUAUAAUGCUUUCCAUAUAUGCAUUACUUCAUAUAAAUUGGUAAUUCAAGAUCACCAAAGUUUCAGGAGAAAGAAAUGGAAGUAUUUAAUAUUAGAUGAAGCCCAGAAUAUUAAAAAUUUUAAAUCCCAAAGGUGGCAGCUUUUAUUAAACUUUCAAAGUGAAAGAAGGUUGUUGUUGACGGGUACUCCAUUGCAAAACAACCUAAUGGAGUUGUGGUCAUUAAUGCAUUUUCUAAUGCCAAGUAUAUUUCAGUCACACAGAGAAUUCAAGGAAUGGUUUUCCAAUCCAGUCUCUGGGAUGAUUGAAGGCAAUUCCGAAUAUAAUGACAGUAUUAUCAAAAGACUGCAUAAGGUUUUGAGACCAUUUUUGUUGAGGAGAUUAAAAUCAGAAGUAGAAAAACAAAUGCCGAAAAAAUAUGAGCAUAUAAAAAUGUGUAGAUUGUCAAAUAGGCAGCGAUAUCUAUAUGAUGAUUUCAUGUCUAGAGCAAAGACUCGUGAGACUCUUGCUAGUGGUAAUUUACUUAGCGUAAUAAAUGUGCUUAUGCAAUUAAGAAAAGUUUGUAAUCAUCCCAACCUUUUUGAAGUAAGGCCAACUCUGUCUCCUUUUCAAUGUGAUAACAUCAAAUUGCACAUACCAUCUAUUGUAUAUUCGGCCCUUCUGUUUGAUGUGCUCAAGCACGUUAACCUGUAUACAUUAAAUCUAUUGAUUCUGAUGGCAGAGUUUCGGAUAACUUCUUCACAAUACCACCGAAUUAGAGCAUUGGCCUAUAAAACAGGGUUAAAACCACCAUCUACUACAAACCAGCCACCACCAGGUACGCCUCCAGUUAGAUUGAGAAUGAGAGUUGUAAGCGUAAGUCAAAGAGAACAGAGACCGCCACAACAACCCCAACAAGUGUCUGGUCAGUCGAUUUCCAGAACAAGGGUGGCUAGCCGUGACAGUAAUACUGUGGUGCGCAAUGUAGGGUUACCAGUGCUGGGCAUGGAUGUCACAGGCAAUUCUAUUCUGCGAGUGACGAGCAGUUCCGGUAUACAAGUAGCAAGUAGUUCUGGCAUGCAUGUGGCAAGCAGUUCCGGUAUGCAAGUGGUAGGCAGUACUGGAAUACAAGUAGCUAGCAGUUCUGGCAUACAAGUAGCUAGCAGUUCUGGCAUACAAGUGGUCACUACAGGCGUUAUCAAUACUGGAAUGCAAGUAGUCACCUCUGGAGUUGUCAGUAGUACUAUGCAAGUGGUCAGCCAGGGACUUGUCAAAACGGUUCCCAUGCUCACCUUCAGUCAGGCUGCUGGACAAGGUCUUGUCUCACCAAUAAACGUUGCAUCAGUCCUAAAGCAUGGCGAUAGGGCGUCGAAUUAUGCGCAAAUAGUGCAAACUCCCACAGGGAAACAUCUGUUGCUGACAUCAAGCCCCGGUUCUGGGGGUAAUUCUGCUGUCACUCACACUGCACAAAAAGUGAUGUUUCUUUCGACAAAACAAGCUAUCAUUCCGAAUUCAAAUUCCAAUCUAACAUCGCCAAACGGCAAUCAAAUAAUUACAAGGGCAUAUGGUAGACUUUCACUGACUCCGAUAACAACAAACAGUAUAGCCCCUUUGAGUACUGCCCCGCCAAGUGGCGUAGCCUCAGUACGUGGCGUAGGCCCUGUUCGCAGCACACUCCCGGUGAGCGGCAUAGAAUCGACGAGUAGCGUAGCCUCGACAAGUGGCAUAGCCCCAGUACGCGGCAUAACCCCGUUAACUAAAGUAGGCGGCAUAACUCCGAUAACCGGCAUAACUCCAAUAAGGGGCUUAGCACAGACGAACAAAAUUGCCACAACUAGCAGGAAUAUACAUGAUUCUGGUGCAGUCUUGGCAAGCAGCUCACCUUCAACAAGUAGUGCCCCGAAUUGCAACACAAAUACGCCGCAACUAGUGAGAGAACGUCCACGAAACCCUUGUUUCGAUUUUUUAGAUGAAAUAUAUCCACCAAAGCGUCAAAGAGUGAGGAGAGUUAGUAGUGAGGAAGAAGAUACUCCUGAUCAAAGAUAUAGAAAAAGGGUGCGUCUAAUGUCACGUAUCAAUAGAAAGCGUUGCUUGUUACGUCCUUUGUAUGGCAGAGAGCUAGUAGAUUGUGUGAAAAUUACUGAACCCAGUACAACUCGUCCUUGGUCUAACGGUAGGCUCCAUUGUGUAAAAGCUAUUUAUGGAGUAAAACCACAAUGGACUCCGGAAUUUCUUAAAGAGGCUUUGUAUACUCCUGUAAGAAGGAUACACCAAUUACAGGAUAUUUGUGAUAGAUUUAUAAUUUACAUACCAUCUGCAAAGGCAGAUGAUCCUGAUGUUAGGGUAUGGCAUCCUCCACCGAGCGAGUACCAAAAACGAAAAGACAAUGAUCAAAUCAUCCAGUUGGUGUUCAGAAAAACAAUCUCUCCCUUGCACCGUAUCGCUACCAUGAUGGUUACCCAAUUCCCUGACCGCAGGCUUAUCCAAUAUGAUUGCGGCAAGUUGCAGAUGCUUGACAGGCUACUCAGAAACUUGAAAGUUGAGGGUCACCGCGUCUUGAUUUUCACCCAGAUGACGAAGAUGCUGGACGUACUGGAGGCGUUCCUGAACUUUCAUGGUCAUAUCUAUUUGCGAUUGGAUGGAACCACUAAAGUAGAACAAAGACAGAUAUUAAUGGAAAGAUUCAACAGCGACAAAAGGAUAUUUGUAUUUAUAUUAUCAACAAGAUCGGGAGGUGUUGGCGUCAAUCUCACAGGAGCAGAUACAGUUAUCUUUUACGAUUCUGACUGGAAUCCCACAAUGGAUGCACAAGCGCAAGAUCGUUGCCACAGAAUUGGGCAAACUAGGGAUGUCCAUAUUUAUAGACUUAUUAGCGAAAGGACUAUAGAAGAAAACAUCUUGAAGAAGGCAAAUCAAAAAAGAUUACUUGGGAAUCUAGCUAUAGAGGGUGGUAAUUUCACCACCGCCUAUUUUAAAAAUAACACUACAAUUGUAGACUUGUUCAAUAUUGAUCAAACAAAGGAUAGUGCCGCUCAGCGUAUGUCCGAGUUGGUGGAAAAAAGACAAGAUAAGGAAACUCCUGUAAGUGAUAAUGAUGAGGAUGAAACAUCUGCUCUAGAAAACGCCUUGGCGGCUUGUGAAGAUGACCAAGAUGUGCAGGCUACCAAAAUAGCCACAGCUGAAGCUGUUGCGGAAUUGGCCGAAUUUGACGAAAACAUUCCCUUAGACCAUGAGGAGAAAGAGAAGGAGCCAGAAAUCAGCAAGGCUCAGCAGACGAUUAAUGAUAUUAUUAAAACGUUAACGCCGGUAGAGAAAUAUGCCAUGCAGUUUCUAGAACUCACAGAAUCGACUUUGUCUGCGGAAUAUCUGGCAGCUGAAGAAAGGAGAAUUGAAGAACAAAAACGGAUAUGGGAGAUAAACCAAAUUGCGACAAUCAAGGAGCAGGAAGAAAAACGUCAAAGGGAAAUUGAAGAAGAAAACUACAUGUUAACAUAUUCCCGCGAAGACGCAACAAAUCAGGUUUGGCUAUGUGAAAAUACCAUGGAAAUAAUGCCUAUGUGGUGUCCACCUACACCGCCUCAACAAGACAACGACAUCUACGUAAACGCCAACAUGUCCCAUUUGUAUGAUAUUAAUAUUAUGCCGGAAUCUCAACUUCCUCCUGUCUAUGUUAAAAAGGAAACGCCAAAGCGACGUUUCGAAACAGCUUUUCCUAUGGACCAUCGCCGACCAGCAAAAAUCCCAAAGAAAGAAGAAACGAUCGCUACUGUUCCAAGAUCCUUGUUUCAUCCACCGACGCUAUUAAAACUGAAACGCGAUCUCAAACUGCAAAAGUACCGCGGGCUUAUGAGACCAACGAUAUCGAUACCAGGAAAACCUUUGCCUGGAAAAUCGUCUUCGGAUUUAUCAUUUCAUCAGAAUUGGACUAUUCAUGAAGACUUGGCUUUGCUAAAACUUAUCAAAUAUUUUCAGAGACUACCUCUUAAUUUGAUUGUUAUGUCUCCAGGAAACACACCUAAUUGGGAUUUUGCUGCUGAUUAUGUCAAUACUGUUUCAAUCACUUAUCGAUCUCCAAAACAAUGUAGGCAAAGAUAUGAAGGUCAUUUGAUGCCUAGAGAAGAAGGCAAGUAUUCUGUAUCAGACAAUGCAAGUAGGAAAAAAAAGAAAACACUCCCACUGCAGAAAGCACCAUCCCCGACUAAAUCUAGACUACCCCCGCGGACUGCGCAAUUAUACACACAGGACAAUAAUUCCACCUUUUCGCAACUUAUUUGUGAGAAUCAUAAUAAUUUAAAAACCAUUGCAAGUAAACGUAUACCCACUACUAGAACUUUGGUUAAUAAUCCCUUGAUGAAUAAAACCAAAACCACGCCAAUUUUAAAUGAGUGCGGUAUCGAUAUAGAAAAUCCUAUCUUGCCAGUGGAAAUAGCAGCGCGGAGAGCAGAAAGAAUGGCCAAGGAGAAAAAAACUAUGACACCUGAGCAGAUAGCUAAAAUACAGUUGAUAAAAGCAGGAAUAGUUGUCAGUCAGCAACAACAGCCUCAACAGCAGUCAUCCCAAGACCAAGCUUCCACUUCCAAGUCUCAAACAUGUGUUAUGGUGCAGGCCCAUCCUACAGUGGUAGCAGUGACUAGCACACAAGUCAUAAUGCCACAAGCAACAAUAAUUGCUCCUAUGCCUAUUGUUACCACUGCGCCUGGUUCUGGUAUUCUCCAAACCAAUCUUCGGCAACAACGUAUCAUAACAUCGCCUCUACAAGGUUCCAAUGUUGUCAGUGUAUCUGGAUUAACUCCCGCGCAGCUCCAAGCAGCUACACAGCGACUUUUAGUAUCGACUGGAGGUACUCCGAAAGCGGUUACUUCAACGACAGGCCCUCAAACUAAACAGUUCAGCCAAGCUCAACUUCACAUGAUCAGGCAAGCUUCUAUAAAGAACCAGUUGAGGUUACAUACGAACAAUCUUGUUCAGGGCACCAAAACUUCUACAGUUACGAUAGGGGGUCAACAGACCGUCGUACAACUUACCCAGGCGCAGCCACGAACGCAAUUUGUCCGACAAGGUAAUGUCACUGUUGGAGCAAAAACAGGCGUAACGCGAACUGUAACAGAGAGUGAGGUCGCUCAGUUGCUCAAAAAACAACAGCAGCUUCAACAACAAAAAAUCGCUGCCGGAAAUGUUGUGCAGGCUAGCAGUGCGACUGGAGUGGGAAAUACAAUCCACGGUUUAAGCCAUCAAGUAUUGGCUCAGGCUAUACAACAAGCUGGCACAUCUGGUGCUCAAGUGACGACCUUGGUUAAAGCAGUUCCUAGUUCACCUGGAGGCACUACUCACACCGUUACAAUCCCUGUAUCUGGCGUUACUCUAGCGACUCCAGGUGCCAAAGCUAUUACUCCACUGAAGCAGGCCACAACACAUCAGUUGCGCCAAAUGCAGAUCCAGCAACAAAUUUUGGCUCAAAAAAAACUCGCGGCUGCGGUGGCUAGUAGUGGUCAGAAAUUAAGCAUCACUACUGGAACUGCCAAAGGCACUGGAGUUCAGACGACACAAUUAAUCAUGACACCAAAACAAGGCAUGACAGUGCAACAGUUCCAACAAGUCAUUCGUGCUCCAUUGAAUGUGUCUCAGGGACCGAUGGUGCUCUCGAAAGGAGCAGCCAGAGUGAUUCCUGUUAACACAGUUCCAGGAACUAAACAAACGAUACAGGUGGUUGCAGCAUCUUCCCAAGCUUUAAGUUCCGCUUUGAGACCCCAAGGGGCCACUACAAUUGCUGGAAUAAGACUGCAAGGUUCCCCCAACACAUCGCAACACGCUAUUUUAUCACAAGUAUCAGCUGCACUCAACCAAAACAUGACUGCUAGACAGAAUAAUCCAGUAAGGCUACAAACAGCCAGUGGACAACCAAUUAUGGCAGUGACUGUUCAGUCUCCAUCACAAAAUCCACAGAAUCAAUCGCCAAAUCCUGAACAAGUAAGUAGGUACCUGAAGAAAUAACUAUUUUUGGCUGUCAGUGUGCUGUCUCAAUCCUCAAUCAUUGGAGCUAAUUCGUAGCAUAAUUAAUUGAAUGCCUUCUUAGAUUUAGUAAUAAGUUCUAGAGUUUUUAUUAGAAAAAUAAUGAUUGUGUCAAGUCAAAAAAAUUAAUGAAUGAAUGUCGAUAAGGCAUUGAUUGUAAUGCUUUAUGUGAGUUGUUGACGAUAACUUUAGUCUGUAAACUAUUUAAUUAUCUGUUUGCACCCAAUGCUAGUUACCUUAUACAGAUAAAAUGUGAUUUUGAUAAAAAGUCCCGACAAAAUCUAGUUUUAUGUGUCCUUGUGCUUUGUGGAAUCGAAAAUGUUUGAGAGGACUUUUAUUUUAAAACUUAACGUUUCUGUUCCUUUCAUAAUAAUAUUCACUGAAAGAGAGAGAGAGAGAGAAAAAGAGGGAAAGUGCUCGGCUGGUAUUAUGUUAUGUUUCUUGUCUAGACUGUAGAAGAAUCUGUCUAGAAACAAAUAACUGUUUAUGCUAAGGAAUUUUCUUUAACAUUCGUUAAGUAUAAGAACACUCUCAAGAUAUGUACUUUUCUCAAUAAGAUUGGAUUUGAUAAUCAACCCAAAAAUGUCAAGAUCAACUGCAUUUCUAAUGCAAAAUAUCCCAGACUAAAACGUAGUGCUUUUUAUUUUUAUAAGAAAAAUUAUAUCGUUUUCUAUUAUGAGAACAUAGUGACUUCAAAAACCAAGUUCAGAGUAACUAUUUGGCAACAUAAUACCCCGUUGUUUCUAAAUUAUUCAUUAUUUUUCUGUGAUAUUAGGUUCCUUCGCGAAUUGGUCCUAUUUACUAGAACAGAGAAGUUUUAAGAUAAAUAUUCUUUCAAAACUAUUUUUUUAAUUUUGAGUAAGUAGGUAACCAUUUUUUAAAAUUAGGUUCACAUAGUUCUAUUUGCAUUUUUUAUUUUGGAUUUUUUAAUCAUUUUUAAUUGUUAUUGUUUUGUAAUAUCAUCUUAUCGAAAUUGGAAAACGAAAAUUUUAUACUGUUUGCUUAAUUCUAGUUAUAUAAUUUUAAUUUUUGAUUUUUAGGGAUGAAAUUGAAAUUAAAUACGGUACCUAGCUGCUUGAUUAAUAGUAAUUUUGGAAUAUAGGCCGGGAUUACCCAAUUCCUUAAUUCUCAAUUUUUGUUCUUAAUUCAUAAUCUUUAAAAACACCAAUGUUAAUUAAAUUGAACUUUUUAAGAAUUAAGAGUUAAGGGCAAAUAUUAAGAAUUAAGGAAUUGGGUAACUCUGGCCAUAGACUUUUUGUUAAUUGUCAACGAUCACUUAAGUGUGUAAAUUAUUUAAUUAUUUAUUUGUACCCGAUGCAAGCUACACUAUACAGAUAAAAUGGGAUUUUGAUCUUGAAUUUGAUAAAAAAUCCUGACAAAAUCUAAUUUCUUGUGUCCUUGGUACUUUGUGAAAUUGAAGAUGUUUGAGAAGGAUUUUAUUUUAAAACUUGACCCCAAACUCAAUUUUGUUUUUCUUGGAAAUAUUCACUUUUGGCCAUCUGUUAUUUUGUCUGCAUGUGUAACUCCUAAAUCAACUCAGAAUUGCUUCAAAAUCGACUGCAUUUCUAAUGCAAAAUAUCCUUGACUAGGGAUAUAAUAUGUUUUUAAUUUUAUAAACAAAAAAAAAACAUCAUUAUGAGUGUCUUUCAGGGAGCUUCAGGGUACUUAUUUGUGAACAAGACAUAUGUUCCCCGUUGUUCCCAAAUUUAGGCCCUUUUUUUUGUGAUAUUAGGUUAAUAUGCGGGAUGGGCCUAUUUAAUGGAAUAGUCAAGUCUUAAAAUAAACAUUCUUUCAAACCUAAUUUCCUAAUUUUAAGUAAGUGGGUGACCACAUUUUAAUGUAAUGUAAAAUUUUAAUUAUCUAGUAUUUUUUCCAAUUGAUUUUUUUUUAAUAAUCUUUAAUUGUUAUUGUUGUGAUGAUCAAUUGAUAAAAUUUAAAUUGUAUAGUGUUUGUGUAAUUUUUUGUUGGUUUUAAUUUUAAUAAAUGAAAUAGAAUUUAAAUCGCUUUUCGAAUAAUAAUUUAUCAUAGGAUAAAAGACUUUGCCGUCUUUAAAAAUUAAUAAAUUUAGGCCCUUUUUUGGGGCAAAACUAUUUUUUUAUUUUUAUAGAAAUUAUGCUGUGUACAAUUUUUAAUUAUUUGUAUAUUGCAUAAUAUGUAUAUACUUUGAUACUAUCAGAAUAGACGUACAACCAAUGCAAGCCUACUCUUUAGCAAUCAAAAUAAAUGUAAAUUAAGUUCGAAGCCUGGUAUUUAAGUUUACCUCUAUUCAAAGUAUUUGGGUAUAUGUUAAUUGUUUUAGUGAUUUCCAUUUGCUGCACAGUUAGGUACAUGUGCAGACAAAUCAAAAUCUCUAUAAAAAAAAUAAACUUUUACUGUGAUGAUAUUUUAUAUGUAGAUAGGUACUAUUAGUUGUACAAUAAAUUUGCAAAAGUUUUGUGUUCAUUUCCUUCAUCAAACACAUAAUUUAGGAUUUGUUUUGGACUGGAGAAAAAAAUCAGUUUAAUUAAAUCAAUACAUUUUUCCAGCAGGAUUAGAAAGCACAUCAGAAGGAGUGAAUUGUGUAAUAUACCUAUUGUUAAUAAACUUUUUAUAUGCUUUUAUUGUU